CGCUCGGGCGCUGGACGAUGCUCCGCUAUCAACGCCGCUGUUUAAAAGCAUAGCGUCACCGAACUCAAAUUAGACGGCCCGAAAUAGCGGAAUUAUUGGCGGCGGUGUAGCAUAGCCGGCUUGGACACGGCGAUCACGGCAUACCGCGGUACCCGGCCUCGGGGAACGAGCGAAAUACGGCUCCCCGAUACCACGCUUCCGCUACCGGGAUGUGCGUCGUGCGACUCGAAAUGCGACGACGCCCGACGGUCGUUCACUUGGCAUCGGCAAAUCGGAGGACAUCGCGACGCGCAGAACGUUACAAGUUCUUCUGUGCACCGAGGAAAGUGAUGCAAGUGACAUGACGUUGUUCGAGAGAAACAGAGAAAGAGAACUCGUGUGAAGAUUAAAGCGAUCUAUGCGCGACGAGGCUACCGUUAACCGUUCACACGAACGAUUUGUCGUGCAAAAGGUCUAAGGUCUCUCUGUCCGUUCGCUCCGAGAGCGAUUAAUUGCGAUUAAAUGACGUCACUUCGGACAAAUCGACCAAUAUAUGUUAAUUGCUCGAUUUCUCGGAGCGAGCAAACCCGCCGGGCUUAGUCGAAAACGCUUUUGUGAUUUUGAAUAAAUAAAUAAAAGAUUACAAACGUGUGUAUUCAUUUAAUAUUAUGAUAAAGCGACAAUCUUUUUCUCACUUUUUAGAUCUUUUGUAAGUCGGUCAAAAUUUCUUAAGACUCGAGCGUAUACUUCUAUUUUCACGACUGUAAAUCCGAGUCAUCACUGUCAUCAGCUGGUAGUAUAUUCAAGUGGCCAGUCCAAAUCGCGCCUGCAGCUAUUCGAGAAUAUUUCGGGAAAGUUCUCUCGUUUGCGUUCGCCGCGAAAGUUAUUUCGUUUGCCGGCAUCGAUGUCACCCGCAUGCCAUAUCUCGCGUGCCAGCGAUCGAUUCGUGUCCUUAUUGCGCACGUCGUCAUAUUGUGCGCGUCGUUAUAUGGAAUCACUGAUGGCCAAUUCAUCGAAUAAUAAAAAAAAAAGAACUCAGUAACAUAUAUCGUAGCAAGGACGAGAUAUCUCAUUAAUUUUAAACCGACUGUUAAUUUUUAUAUGUAUAGUCAUAUAAGUAAAAAGAAGCGAUUAUAGCAUUAUACUGUUGAAUUAAACUUGAAGAAUGCGAAUAUCUAACCAUAUUUUGGUGCCAUAUUUUGGACUUAAUUUCGAACGGUUUAGUCUAACAGACUUUUAAUUUGAACCAUAAUUACAGAAGAUAUAUACGAUGCUGGAAAUGAAAAGCAGUAUAAAACAUAAAACUUGUUUAACUGAAUCAUCCGCCGUUAAAGGCCGACAUGAUGAGUACGACAUUUAAUUAUAUAUAUUUAGUAAAGAAUUGAUCGAAUUAUUCAAUACUUAUAUAUAUUCUAAUCAGUAAUCAGACACUAAUAAGAUAGAAGUUAAAAAGCGAGCGACUGAAGUCGGCCUGGAGCGAACGGCCAACAAAACGGGGGAAUCGGAUCAGCUGAUCCGAUAUAGACCUUUCUCGUCGAGCCGUUCUCCGUCUCUCCCGCCGCUCCCGCCUUUCUCUCUCGUUCUCUCCCGCCGAUGACCAUCGGCACCAUCGCGCGGUGACAGCCCCACCCGCGGCAUCACCUUCUCUUUCUCUCCAUCUUUCUCUCUCUCUCUCUCCCGCCGAGGUAACGCACGAGGUCGUCCGUCCGUCGGUGGAAACCGCUUUCCAAGCCUGUUAACCCACUCGGGGGGGCCUCACGGCCCCAGUACACUCGCCGCCUUCGGUCCCACAUGUCGCACGGUGCGCGGGUGCGCUUUCGACGUAUGCCGCGAGGAUUUCGCAAGGCGUUUUGGCAACUCCGACCUUGAGCCCGAACCUGCUGGUCGUAGUGGCCCAGAUUCCGGCGAGCCGGAACUAGCUUGAUAUCCAAGGAAAGAUGAAGGGAUGGUUCGAUGCCUUUCGCAGCGACGGCGGCCCGACGCUCUACAGCUACAGCAACCGCACUCCCGUCACCGGUGACGUGCCCCUGGUUAUCGUAUUCGUGAUAUUCGGCACCCUGUUCACCGCGUUUCUAGUCAUAUUCCCAGGCGUCAGGAAAGAGCGGUUAACCACAUUUCUCACGGUUACCCUGAGCCUCUUCGUGGGUGCGACGAUUCAAGUGGCGCAAUACGGCUCAUCCUGGCAUACGAGCUCCGCUACCAUUGUCAGCUCUUACAGCGCUUUCUCCAGGCAUAAGGCAACGGCCGACAUCGGCGGUUACAUCGGUUUGAUGCACAUCAAUAUAACGUACAGGUUAUCGCCAGGUAGCGAGCAGACGAGCGGCGAUGUCGAGUACAACGAACGGUUCUGGUGGCGGAGUGCCGGCGAGAUGACCAGCGCCUUCAAGCAGGCUCUUUACCAGGGCGCGCCGUUUCCCAUCGUCUCCUUGGCGGAGUACUUCAGUCUUCAUCAGGAGGGCUUUUCCUGGGGCUCGCGGUAUCGCGAAGCUGGAUACUACGCCUCGAUUAUGCUGUGGACCUCUUUCGCCUCCUGGCUAAUGAUGAACUUGCUGCUUAUGGUGGUGCCGCGGUAUGGGGCAUACGGCAUGAUUUUUACGGGUUUGUGCAUGCUGCUAACGAACCUGAUCUAUACGGCACUUUUACCAUGCGAGCCUCUGAUAGCUCACAUCGAGGGCUCGAUCCUCUCCUUCAACCUAGGCUGGAACUACUGGUUGGUGCUAUCAGCCGGUGCCGCGUGCCUCUUCGCGGGACUCGUAAUAACAGCUAUAGACAUGAUCUUUCCUCAUCAAUUCUCGACCAUACUCGAGGUCGACUACGACACGCCGUAUGACAGACAUGUCAUUAUAGAGGAGAGUUUCGAUACGCGGAACGUUAGGCGGAAAGUCCCCAAGAUUGAGGAUUCGUUCGGAGAUCGAAUAAUGAGUCAACUGUCGUCGAAACUUCAGAAUAGGCACGCCGCUAAGGAUGACACCGAGGGUGUCAUUAAUCGGGGCUACACGUCGCACGAGCUGUCCGAAUUCCCACAAGAAAUCGGCGACGAGCCCAGCAAGAGUAACUGGUCAUAUCCAUUCCCACCAGCUACGCGCAGAACCGUUAAUGGCUAAUACAUUUCUCGAACUUUGCGGACAGCUACGGUACUUUCCCAAGCGCCAUUAAAAACUUAGAUACGCAUUUUAUUAUAUGAAUAUUAUUUAAUGACAUAAAAACUAUUUAAUGAAUAAAAAAG